CAACUUUGCUCAGUUUGUGUGACCAGUGUAGCAUGAAAGCUCUACGUCAUAUCUACGGGACGAUGCGUGGUGACGUAUAAUUUCAGCGCCUUUUCAGAUGCAGCAUGUUUUUAGCCGAAUAGUACAUCCAUGAUUCAAUCCAUGGCAUGAUUAAAACAAGUGCUGUAAUCGUAUCAAGACUUGACUGUGAAGUUCAGUUGUCUAUGUGAUGGCGAGAUGACUUCAGCUAUCCUCUCAGCGAUUCACACUUUAACCAAACCUCUUGGCGAGUCAUCUGUGCAUGAUGCUCGGUCCUCCCAUCAGGAGGCUCUCCUGGCAGCGCUGCGGGCCAACAGGGCCCUUCUCCUGGAGCAGCUUCAGAGUGAGAGCAGCUUUGAGGAGGUGAGGAGGCUGAGGGAGGAGGUGAUGACGGCGGCAGACUGGUUCUCCCGUGAUACAGAAGACGCCACGUGGGCCUUUGUCCAGGAGUGUCUCCUACUGCUCCUCACCUUAGCACGACACCUUUCUGUUGAACUGGAACUUUUCAAGCAGACCCCCGCUCCAUCUGCAGCUAAACAAUGCACCCCCGAGAUGGCUCCACCUUUACCUCCUGAUGUCCUCAGUGUCACCCAGCAGAAGACGCUUGGAGCAGCUCUUCAGUUUGUGGUUUCUCUGGGGCUCUGCCCAUACUCAGCCCCUGGAGUGGGUGUGUCACUGGGUCGCAGGUCAGCGUUUGGAGCCAUGGUGGAAAAACUUGUACGCGGCGGGACGGUGCCAGCAGCGGAACGCCGCCUUCUUACCACCACGAAGGUCCUAUUGCAGUUGGCAGAACUGUCAUCACUCGCCACAUUGGUGUUCACACGGCAUCUGGGGGACGUGAUGGCAGCACUGUGCCAGCUUGGCUACCAGCCACACCGGGCAGAGAGAAGUGGCACAGAGGAGGAGAAGGGGCUCAGUGCUGAAGAAUGUCGAACUUGCAAGAAGGCCCUCAGAGGUCUUCUAGGGAAAGUCUACCAGCCAAUCGUUAUCAAGGAGCUGCUGAUCCUCCAAGGUGGACCCAAGCAGUCUGCUGCAGUGGGGAGCUCCCGUGGUUCCAGCGGCAGAGCAGCUCUGGGAUCAGCUCCCACCUGGCUGAGGCGUCUGUGUGGUCAGCUGCUGUCUGAGCGCCUGAUGCAGCCUAACGGUGUCCAGGCGGUAGUCAGAGCCAUCUUGGAGGGAGGAGCAGGGGGCGAGUCAGACUGGAGGAAAUGUGACGGCGUGGCCAGGAUCCUGGUGACCUGCCCUCAACAGUCUGCCUCAGCAGACGCCUACUACAGACAAGUCUGUCCUCAGAUCCUUGACCUCCUGCACUUCAAGGACAAGCUGGCAGCCCAACAGUUCCAGGUUGUGGCCACCAGGGCGGUGCUCUUCAUCGUGCAGGAGAAGCCCAGCUUUGCUCAGCAGUACUUGCUCACUCCUCUGCUCACACCUCUCCACCGCUGCACCACUGCUUCCAACGAGGGUCAUUCCCAAGCUGCUGUGGAGGAGUGGGAGCUGACGCGUUGUGUGAAUGAUGUGUACAAGAUCUGGGUGGUUGGAAACAGUCCGUCAGCGUCUCUUCUAAAAGCUCUGGAACAAGUUCUUCCUGUUAUCUUCACACUCUUCUGUUUCACCAAGCAGAACGUCUGCCACCUACGCGCUCCCUGUCAGGAGAUUUUGCUGUGGUACCUGAGGAACACUGAGACGUUUGCAGCGCUGUCAGCACUGAGGCAGCUUUCAGGUCUGCAGGGACGGAGAGAGGAGGUGGUUGCAGACUUCCACUUCACCCCGGGCAGUGAUGGAGGAGCCAGACUCAGCUCCAGAGAGAGCUGCAGUGAAGAGGAAGAUGCUCUGUAUGAGAAGCUGUCAGGAGAGCAGUGGAGGUUGGAGUGUCUGAUGCAGCUACUUGCUGAACUCAAAGAAUCUGACCUGCCUGGAGACUUCUUCCUGGACCUGCUGCAGGAGCUGGCCAGCUGGGCAGCGGCAGCAGAUGAAGAAGAGGAAGAUGAACAGGAGUUGGACGUAUCAGCCAUGACCCUCCUGGAGGUGGAGCAGCAGCUGCUGGCUCCAGCUGCGAGGCGAGGCCAGAGACUCGCUGUGCUUCAGGUGUUGGCUGUGAUGGUUGAGUGUCUGCAAUAUACCGUGCUGCUGAGAAAAACCUCACAGGUGGUGGACUUCAUGGUGUCCCUGCUUCAGAGGGCCUGUGUGGGUCUGGAUCAGGCCACUGGUCCAAAUCGUGGUAACCCAGUAGAGAGCCAGACGCUGAGCAUGGGGAUCGGCCUGGUGGCCACUCUGCUGUCUGGACCCCAGCUUAGUGCAGAGGAUUACUCUUCUAUGUGGAGACUGCUCCCACCAUUGGAGACACUGUCUCAGAAGCACUCUGACGUGGUCAUCCAGGAGCUGGCAUCCAACCUCAGAGCUGUCAUCGCCACUCACGGUGCCUACCGGCCGGAAAACGCCACUGCCGUUGCUCAGCCCUCCAGAAACCCUGAAACGACAGCGACGAACAACAUACCUUUUAGGAAAAAACAAAGUGAAACAAUCGACUCACAGACUAGUUCUCAUUCAUCUCCCCCGGACAGCAGUUCACAUGGCAACACCCACAUCAGACACCCAGCAUCCUCCGGAAGGUCUACAGCAGGAAUAAGUCCAGAAGGUGGAGGUAGGACCUCUGGCACCAGUAACCUUUGCCCUCCUACCAAGCCCUUUUCUGAUUGGCUGCUAGAGGCAUGUGACCCGGACGUGCCAACCAGAGCGUUCGCCCUGAGGGUCCUGACCCAGAUGGUGCAAAAGGAAAACCCAGAGGCUGUCCAGGCCCAGGAAAAAGUCCUCAUGCUCUUCUUAGAAAACCUGGAGCAUGAAGACUCAUUCGUCUACCUGUCAGCCAUUCAAGGUCUGGCUGCAUUGGCUGAUUCAUACCCCGAGAGGAUUCUGGAAAGGCUCCUAAAAGACUUCCAACAUGGUUCCUCCCUCCCUACAUCCAACAAGGAGCACUCCCUGGAAACCCGCCUCAAAGUGGGAGAGGUCCUGAUGAGGGCGAGCAGGGCUAUGGGGGAACUGGCGCCCCACCUCGGCCGUCCUCUGGUUAGCGUUUUCCUGCAAGGAACCAGGGAUACGGACCAAAGCGUCCGGGCCAGCAGUCUGUCCAACCUGGGGGAGCUCUGUCAGAGGCUGUACUAUGCCCUAGGAACGCUGGCUCAAGAGCUCAGCUCCUGUCUGACUGCUCUGAUAAAGACAGAGAAGGAGGCAGAGGUGAGGAGAGCCGCUGUCCAUGUUAUCACCCUGCUGCUCCGAGGCCUCAGUGACAAAACCACCCAGGUUCUCAGUGAUGUUUUGUUGGACCUGUACCGAGCUCUAAAGUGGGUUGUUCGCUCAGACCCGGAUGGCGUUGCGGUGCUCCAUGCCCAGCUGGCUCUGGAGGAACUGGACGACGUCAUGAGGAGGUUCAUCUUCCCUGAGCAGAAGCUGGAGAAGAAGAUUGUUGUCCUGCCAUAGAGCUCAAAUGUUCGGACUAUAUUUUGAUAUGCUCUGAUUGUAGGCAGCACUAGUUCUGCCUCCAUGUGAUGUGGAUUUAUGGUGAGGACGUUUUAGAACUAGAGGCCAAUAGUCUGUAUCUCUCCUUAAAGAAAGGUACAGUGAGCCUCUACCAUCAUGUUCUACUGUACUACCAAAAUAAAGGUUUAAAAACAUA